AUGUAUUAAAUGUAUUAUGUCAUGUGAUCUUUGUAUGUCCAGGAAGAUUCUUAUUUUGUCCAAAUAAUUUCAUAUACACAAUGCUUGCCUUCUUUCAGAGGAUAUUAGACUGGUUUAAAAGUCUCUUCUGGAAGGAAGAGAUGGAAUUGACUUUAGUUGGUCUCCAAUAUUCCGGAAAAACAACGUUUGUAAAUGUUAUAGCGUCAGGUCAGUUUAGUGAAGACAUGAUUCCAACAGUCGGGUUCAACAUGAGAAAAAUUACCAAGGGGAAUGUUACAAUAAAGUUAUGGGAUAUUGGAGGUCAGCCAAGGUUCAGAACAAUGUGGGAGAGAUACUGUCGAGGGGUUAAUGCAAUAGUAUAUAUGGUAGAUGCUGCUGACCCAGAUAAGAUAGAACCAUCACGGAAUGAAUUACACCAUUUAUUAGACAAACCACAGCUUCAAGGCAUUCCUGUCUUAGUUCUAGGCAAUAAGAGAGAUUUAGCUGGGGCAUUAGAUGAAAGACAGCUCAUAGAAAGAAUGAACCUCUCAGCGAUUCAAGACAGAGAAAUAUGUUGUUAUUCAAUAUCAUGUAAAGAAAAAGAAAAUAUUGAUAUUACAUUACAGUGGUUGAUACAGCACUCUAAGUCGGGAAGGUAGACAUGUAUAGGUCUAAUUUAGUAGGGACUGUGAAGAGUGGAUGAAUGUUUCAAAUGAGGAACAAAUGUGAUAUAUAUAUGAAAUAGCACUAACUUUUAUGAUAAAGUGGAGGUUGCAAAGAAAGAUUUUUAUUGUAUAUUUAUCAUACAAAAUAGUUGACAAUGCAAACACAUAUAUGUUGUAUUGUAUUAAAUUUUGUUAAAAUAUUUUUGAAACUUUGAAAACAUUUUAUUUUGUUUAUUGAAUGAAAGAAAAAAAAGGUUUGUUUGUUGACUACAGUUUAAGGAAAUAAAGAAUGACAUGAAAUGUUAAAUAUCACAGCAGAAAACCAUAUCAGUGAUAAAACAUUCCAAAAGGAAUUACACAUAUUACAAAGUCAGGUCACGGUUAAAGAAGAAUAAAUCUUGUACGUCAUAGUAUAAUCAUAUUUACUGACUCUAUUUUAAAUAACUAUUUAACUAAAUGUAUAUAAUUAUAUGGUUAUGGAAAAAAAUGUGCUGAAAUUAAUUUAAACCAUAAACAUGAAUAACCAUUAUGUUUAGAAUUUUUUGACAAUAUAUGCACAUUUGCAAAGCAGCAUUAGAUCAAUUAAAAAACAUGAUUUGUACAUAUGCUUUAGGUAAGGUUCUUGUUAAACUCAAUGAUCUUUCUGUUUAGGGAAUUCAAAUUUGCACUGGUAAAAUUUGUAAAUAACAUAAAUGCUUAUCUUAACAGCUUUUUGAAAGAACUUUUUGCUAUAAUAAAUGAAUUUAAAAACAAACUUUUUCAUAGCAAAUCUUGAACAUUUUCACUAGUGUUCAAUACAUUAUUUGAUCAAUUUAAAAUGUAUACACAUUUUGAGUGCUGAAGAGGUAUGUUUGUACUCUUGUGAAAAUAUAAUUUUGGAUGACUCAUAUUAAUUGUACAACAAGAGAUUGCAUGAUUUGUAAUGGUUAGAAAGAGUUACAGGCCAAAACUUUUCUUGGAUAGUUUUAUAUAUUUCUAUAUUUUGAUUAUUUUAAUGAUUUAUUUGGUGCAUAAUUAUAGACAGCUAUUUAUUACUUAAAUACCCUUAGAUGUAGUGUAUACACAUAUGUAAUAUUUAUUUUAAUGUGCUGUUUUGACAUUUUAUGUUUGUAGGUAAGUUUGGUAAAUCAUUGUCCUUUGUCAUGUCAGUAGUAUCAUAACCCUCUAAGGCCAUGUAAAUUAACUGGUUCUCAUAUUCUUAUGAAUCAGAAUUAUAAGAAUUAAUUUUUAUUCUGUAUUUUUUUUGACAAUUUAUUUUGUAAGGCCAUAAUUAAAAAAAACUUGUUUCUUAUCCCUAUUACACCCAUUAUUAUUAGAGCCAUUUUGUUUAAAUUAUGCUUUCUGGUUAUUUUCUUUCAUUUUAGUAGAAUAUCACAAAUUGUGGCAAAAAUAAAAUAAAGAAUAUGCCUGCCCGCUCUUUCUGAAAAAAAUCUGGAUGAGAAUCUAGGAUUUUUUAUUAUGGCCUACCUGAUGCAAGAGGUCAGAUACACUUUAUAAUUACUCUUAGUGAAGUAGGGGCACUUGAUGGUAUUUAUAUUUAAACAAGGAUGUCAUCAGAUUUGUCUCCCUUGCCAAGUAGGAAGGAAAGAAGUACAUAAAUUUGUGUUGAAUAAUGACAUCAGUUUUGAGCAAAUAAGCUAUUUGUUAUGGUAUACUCGUAUUACGUCAUAUGUAUGUCAAAUAAUCUGAUAUUUGAUUUGAAUUGGCAUUAAGUCUCCAUGUGAAUGUUAAAUGUUAAGACCCCUAGUUAUUAUGCAUGUGACAUAGCUUUUAUGUGGCAUAAAAUCUUCAUAAACCAUCAAGGGCAUUAAGUAUGAUGUGUCUUAAAAUAACAUUUAUUUUUAGUGUAAAACAUGUUUUUACAUACAAAUAUUUAAAAAUCACUGUUAACAGUAUGUUACUAAAUACUUAUGUGGCUUCAGCCUGAAUAUGGUGUUAUGCAUUCCACCAUCAAACCAUCUGAUGAGGCUGAAUUAUGUAGGUAUUUGGUAUAAACCUACCUGUUCAGACCACUUCACACUGUUAAAAAAAAAUUCUUCAAAAAUAAUCUGUUUAUUUAUUUGAUUUAUUUAUUAUGUGAUAUAAUGAAAAUAAAAAUUUAAUUGUUAAUGAAAAAGAAAAAUCAAGAUUGUCUUUUUGGCUGUUAAAUCUUUAAGAAAUAUUCUUAAUAUAAGAAAGACCUCAAAAGUUAAGGCUUUUUACACAUCUAUUAAUCAUUUCAAUGCAGAAUUCAAGCUGUUUUGUACGACUUUAUUUUAUGCGCUAAAAAAGGACCAUAUUACACCUACUUAUCUAUAUUAAAUAAGUACUUAAAAUACUUUAUAUACAUAAAAUUUGGAUAAGUUAAGAUAUUAUCAGUAAACAGGACAGAGUACUUAUUACUUUGAAUGUAAAAGCACCAGUCCUUGAACUUUAGUCUCAAGACUUUUCUUUAAAAAUCAUUAUUUAUUUCCCCUUACAUUACCUUAUUCUAUGCAGUGUGCUCAUCUGAUUGAACACAUUGAUUUCUAGAAAAGUGGAAGAAAAACAUAUGUAAGCCACACAUUUUCUGCCAUUUUUAAAAAUUGUACAUUCAACUACCAAAAAAGUUAUAAAUGACAAGAAAGGACAGAUUACCUCUUAUAAAACAUGCCUUGUGCCUUGUUUCCUUUUAUAGGAAACAAAUGUGUACAUCCAUUACCAAAAAAUAACAAAUGCCCACAAAGGACAGAUUACCUCUUAUCAAACAUACUUUGUUUUUUUUCACAGGUAACACCUGCUUCCUGUUAAUUAAGAGAUAUAUUAUAUACUAUUUAAUUUAAAUAAGAUUAUUUUAUGUUAAUACUCAAAUUUACAGCCUGAAUUGUGUUUUGUAUGUGUGAUUGAUUAUGUCAUGUUGUGUGUCAUGUGAUGUCAGAAUGGAUCAACAUUUUGAAACUUCUCCAUAUUUGGGUAAACAUAUGAUCAAAGGUAGUCUUGAUGUAGAUUUCUAUCAAUUAUAAAUGUUGUUUCAAUAUCAGGGGAGAUAAUCAUUGCUGCUUCAUUCUUCCCACCACAUUAUUUUAGUACAACAAUUGAAAUAAAGUGUAAUGAAUGAACUUAA